UCUUUUUUUACGACAAGUUCCGGUUUGGUAUUUAGCAUCUGAUAGUUCAUCUCUUUCUUUGUAAUAUUAGUGGCAUAAUGACCCCAAUUAAGAAUUCAAUUAAGAAAUAUCGUUGCGAAUAAAUGGAUGGACUAAAGGGUGACGCGGAUCAGUGGAUAGAAGCGUGGAUAGAAGAUAUCACCCCAAUAAUUUUAUGGACCAUAUUUAUCUUCCUGCUCGUCUGUAUAACCCUCCCCUUGAUGUUCUGCCUCGAGUAUUUCUGCUGCAAUGACAUGUACAAAGUCUACCCCGAACAAGAAGACGCCGACGAAGACUACACAUCCGAAGAGGCCACGCCCGACGAAGCCUCCACAAUCCAGUCCAAGACAGAAUUCGUCCUUUACGUCACCACCUCCGGAACUUUAGUCGACACGGAACCCGUCGAUCUCGAUGACGAUGCGGAAUCCCUCGCGUCCUCAAUUUCCAAAGCUUCCACCAUCCAAGAAACGGAAGAAGUGAACGUAAAAGACGUCAUAAUUCAGACCGAUCCUGCCGCGCCACGUGCGCGCCGGAAGUGCACCGCAAAACGGGAGGAAGCCGAUGCUCAAACGGAUUCUAAUGGGACGAGAAAAGUUAAGCGUGACGAAACUGGGGGAGAAACGACGGAGGGUGAAGAAGAAGAAUGUGACGAUGAGGAAGAGGACGAGUGGUUCAAGAGGAAAAGAGAAGAAUGCGGCUGUCCUGAGGACAAUGGCGACGAGAACAAUUCGAAGAACACGCAAACUGAGGGGACGAGAAGAAGAAGGAGGGGGUCGUCUUCUUGUACUUGUCCGUGCGGUGGGGAUGAGACGAAGAGUCAUUUGUGCACGUGUAAUAGUAACAGUGAGAAAGCGGAAGUUGACACGCAGACGAUGACGAAGACGAUGUCACAAAGUGACGAAAAGAAGGAGGAAAAGACGACGGCGUCGAUACAGAGUGACGAAAAGAAGACGAUUUCGACACCAGGUGACGAAAAGAAGAAGGAAAUUGUAGAUCUGACGAAGAGGAAGGCGACGGAGACGAGUCAGAUAAGCAAGUUUCUCCAGUGGGACUGGGACAACCCGUGUUCUUGUCCGGAGGAGUUUGUCGGGAGGAGGUUGAAGCAGUUGACGUGGACGCAGAUGAUACAAUACGCGCAGGCGGAUGGGGGCGAGUGGAGUGUCGAUGGUGGGACAAGUGUGACAUCGGGGGGAUUAAAUCGAGGGGGUGAAGUGGUUGUUGUCCAAGAAGAUGACGUGUUUUUUGAGCCGGAAGAAAUUCCAGAGGUGAAGGAGGAGGAUGAAAAGGGGGAAAAGUGAUGAUGAUGUUGAUGUGAUGAUGAUGACAUUUCGUGUGAAUUAAAAUGAAGUGAUUUUAUAUUACGAGAAAAAUAAUAGUGAUAAUGAGAAGUGGGGAAUGUACUUUGUGAAAAUUUGAAAAUGGAAAGGAUUUUGGGCCUAGUUUUUAACA